AAGCUGCGGUCGGCAGCUUUUUUUAACAUAUUUUUUGAUCAUAUUCACUGAAACCAACACUAUGCUUCGAUAGAACAACAUAAUUUAGACUGUUUAAGAAAAAAACCCGCGCCUCUACCUCCACCUAGAGCCUGUUAUUUGUUUUGCAAAAAUGCACCGCUCCCGCUUAAUUUGGUCCAAUCAUCGCAGACCGGUUCAUCUGGUCCAAUCAGCGCAGGGCUGUGUAUACUCUGCCUGUCAAUCACAGUUCCUGCACCCUCCCCCCUCGUGCUCAUUAUCACAUGCACCCGCCUGAAGUUCACACACAGGUGUAUUGGAUGAAAUUCAGCGUGAUGGCGGAUAGAACGCUCUCUAACAAACUUCCGAUUCCUCGGUUACCAACCAGAGCUAAGCAAAAAACCAAGGAGAAGAAGACAACAAAGAUAGAAAGCGACCGUGCGCGUAAUAAAACGAGGAUAAAUAUCGGACCAGCAUUUGAAAGGUGGAGGAAUCUACGAGAUUUGAAAGGGUUCAAGCUGGAUGCAGAGCUUGCCACAUUUCUUCUCGACAGUUUCCAGGCCGAUUCGUUGGUAACAUCAACUCCAUUAAAACGUCUGCGGUAUCCCGGGCCUGCUAUUUCAACCAUAGCUGGCGAGUCAUUCUCUGAUAGAGAAAAUGACUUUGUAGAGGAAGCCCAGUGUUUUAGUGGUGAUGGUGAAACAACAGAAACCAUUCCAGUUUUAGAAGCAAGCAUGUCAUCACUAGACAUUCAAGAUGACAUUGAUGAAGAUGUCUUCAAUGACAUCAGGAAUUCUGUCAUUGACUGGGCAGUGUUUGAAGAUCCAGAAAACAUUACACCCUCUGAGGAAGAGGAGACAAUAGAGGACAGCUUUUCUGAUGAUAGUGACGAUGAGGAUUAUAUGCCUCCAUUAUGCAUAAGAAACAGUGGGGUCGUUACAACUGGAAUACACCUGGAGGACCUUGAGGCCAUAGGCAUGGAUGAGACUGUCCACGAUUGUCCUGAUAACGAACCACCAGAACCGACCACAUUGUUUGAAAAAGUUCAGAUUGUGGAGGAAGGGGACAUUGUUGGCGAACCUGCAGCCAUAACCUAUUUAAUUUGUUUAAAACGUCUUGCGGAGUACCUCUUAUUACCAAUUCCACUGUGCACAGCCAAGGACCCACUGACUUCUGUUGAGUGUCGGGCUCCUGGACCUUUCAGGAUUGAUUGUAAAGUGAGAGGUACAGCUGUCAUUCUUCAAUGGGUAUGUCCCAAUGAGCACUGUGUCUGGCAAUGGAAUUCGCAGCCUACGUUCAAGUUUGGAAUGCAGGCAAGGGACUUUAUGCUGGCAACCAACAUUUUAUUGUCAGGAAACAAUUUUGCCAAAAUUUCCCUACUGUUCCAAUUCAUGAACAUGAAGAUUGUUGAUCGCGCCACCUUCUUCAGAGUGCAGGAUGCGUACUGCGUUGACACUAUAAGAGAAUUUUGGCAUGACUGCAGAAGUACCAUAAUCUCAGGGCUUAAGUCAAAGGACAGUGUUGUAGCUCUGGCCGAUGGUCGCAUGGACAGCCCUGGCUUCUGUGCUCAAUUUUGCACAUACACAGUAAUGGAAAAUGACACAAAACAAAUCAUUUCUGUAGUAAACAUUGACAAGCGAGAGACCAAAAGAAUUUCCGUGAAUAUGGAGAAGGAAGGCUUCAUAAGAAGUUUUGACAAGCUUCGACAGGAGGUGAAACUGACCGAAAUCUGCACGGAUGCUCAUAUUCAGAUAUCGGCUCUCUUCAAUCCAAGCAGAGGGAAAUAUAAGGAUAGUGGAGUUCAUCACACGCUAGACAUGUGGCAUGGAUCAAAGAGCCUUGGGAAGAAGAUCCAGUCAGUAGGUCUGAAAAAGGGUUGCUCUAUUCUUUUACAUUGGAAGAGGGACAUCUGCAACCAUUUCUGGUACUGCUGCAAGGUCAAUGAUAACUACGAUGACUUCUUUUCUAUGUGGAUCGGUGUUUUGCACCAUGUCACCGGUGAGCACGUGUGGGCUCUUGAUGCUUGCCAACAUGGUCCCUUGGCAGAUGAACGAGAAAAGGAAUGGAUUCCGAAGGGAUCUGUGGCUCAUGAUGCUUUGUCAGACAUUGUUCUCAAUGGCCGAUGGCUUAAACAGGUCCACAAGUACUUGCGCUUCAGAUCCACAUCAGAGUUAGAGUCCUUCCACAAUCACCUGUUAAUGUAUGCUAGUAAAAGAAACAGCUUCACAUUUCCAGUAUAUGAAGCCCGUAUCUUUCUGGCCGCCCUGGACUACAACAGCCAUUGCAGCAGGCAGCCGAGGAGAAGACCUGAUGGUUCAAUACAGUACAAAAAACAAUUCAAUAAGAAGUCCAGGAAGUGGAGUUUGUACGCUGUCAAGGAGAAGAAGGACUACAGUUACAUUGAAGACAUUCAAAGGGCCAUCGUGAAGAAGCGGGUGUCAUCAGGACAUGGGAUGCCACGGCUGUCGAGCAAGAGACCAGAUGAUCCCCGAAAAUAUGGAUUGUUGCCUGAUGUGCCUGCUCCAACAACAGAGGAACUCUUGAACACUCAAGUCAGCCGGGUGCAUGGUCAUGCAUUGCCCCAGAAAUAGAAGAAAUGAGAAUUUUUUUUUUGAAGGUUUCUUGCAUACUUAUGCACUUUGUCAAAUAAAGUAUCAUUAUAUUUCACUCUUGUUAGAACUCAAUUACUACCCAGCUUAAUGUGUUUCUUUUGUUAUAUUUGUUUAUUCCAUAAGUCCUAAAGGUGUCUUUACAUAUUACAUACUAAGGUGUCAUUUUCAUUAGUAAUCAUUUACACAGAUAACAUUUCCUAAAGUAAAACUUUAUUUGGUCACACAGAAGAACUAUAUACAUAACUGCACAUAUCCCAAUUUAAAAAAGUUUGAGCAGCUAGGCCUGUCUAGGAAUAAAUCCCCUGUACUGGCCAUUAGGGUCUGGGAAACGAUCCCUUAUGGCCCACACAACGCAGCUUGGAAUCACCACCCUAUUCCCAGCACCCAGAGUCCCACACUGCCAAGCAACAUACUGCCUGUAAGCAGCAUGGCGGA